CGCGAUCUAGAUUCUAGCGCUCCAACAGUCCAACACUUGUAAACGCAGUUAAAUGUUAAAGUGUUACGGCCGUCGAGAAUUCGUUUUAUUCCUUCGUCCGUAUUUUACGUUAAAUAAUAAUAGAUAUUACAUUUUUUUUUUUUGUCUUUCCCGUCGCCAUUGUGUUGCACGCGAAUACGUCCAUUGUACCGAAGUGAACGUCCGGUCCGUACCGCCCGAUCCGUCGUUGUCAUUUGGACUUGCUGCGCGCCAUUAGUCUCGCGUUGUGUGUUGACGACGUAGAAAAUCGUUGCAUUCUAAACCCUGUGAUAUUUGUCUUGUACAGGUGAGAUCUCGUCAAAAAAUUGUAUUUAAUGUGUGUUUCCUGGCGUCAGAUUAAUUGAUCCGGAUUGGCUUUACCGUAGAUACGUCGUGACUCGCGAUGUCGACGUAGACUGUUUGUACACAGACUUUUCUUCAGUUCAGUACUGUUAGCCUACAUUAACCGUUGCAAUGCCAAGCAUCGGAGUCAAUCUUCGUGUGACCGGUUAUUGUAACCAGGGCGGUAGGAAGUACAUGGAAGAUAUGUUUUCGGUUGCGUACCAGCAGACACCCGACAUGAAAGACCUGGAGUACGCCUUUUUUGGCAUAUUUGAUGGACACGGUGGUUCGGAAGCAGCUGCAUAUGCCAAAGACCAUUUGCUUGACACCAUCAUCAAAGAUGAUGCAUUCUGGUCAAAAAACGAUGAUGACGUAUUAAGAGCUAUCCGUAAUGGUUACAUAAAUACUCAUAUUGAAAUGUGGAAAAACUUAGAAAAUUGGCCGAGAACUCCAUCAGGUUUACCUAAUACAUCGGGUACCACAGCAAGCAUAGCAUUCAUAAUGAGAGGAAAAAUUUAUACUGGUCACGUUGGUGAUAGUUGUAUAGUACUUGGUUAUCAAGACGAAGAAAACGGAGAGUGGAAAGCUAAACCGUUAACACGAGACCAUAAACCAGAAUCAUUUGAAGAAAAAAUAAGAAUAGAAGAGUGUGGAGGAAAAGUUAUUAAUAAAUCUGGUGUUCCUCGAGUAGUAUGGAAUAGGCCUCGCAUUGGUCAUAAAGGUCCUGUACGCCGAUCAACUACAAUUGAUGAAAUACCGUUCCUAGCUGUAGCUCGUGCGCUUGGCGAUUUUUGGAGCUUCAAUUCUGAGCAUAAUAAAUUUGUUGUAUCUCCUGAACCAGAUGUUGAUGUUUUUGAUGUUGAUCCUUCUAAACAUCGUUGUUUGAUAUUUGGUACUGAUGGCUUAUGGAACGUUCUUUCAGCAGAUGUAGCAAUUUCAAAUGUGUAUGGAACAGAAAAACAUAAUAUUGAAAUGAAAUCUUUAGAAAAACAAGAUUGGUUAAAUCCGUCAAAAAAUCUUGUCGACAAAGCAAUAUUACAAUGGAAUAAGGUGAGAUUGAGGGCUGAUAAUACCACAGUUAUUACAUUAAUGUUAGAUCCACCUGGUCCACCUGCUCCACAAGUACUGUUAAAGCAUAAAAUGCAGACUGGUAAUAUGAAAUGUGAAGAUAAAAAUAGCUGCAAAUGUGUUGAUGGAGAUCCACAAGUUCAAAGAUUUGGUAGAGGUUCAAGUGGCGGAUAUGCCAUAUUUACUAGAUAUCCUACAGAUCAUCAUCUAAGAGCAUCUAGUGCUCUUGCCAGCACUUCAAAUCCAUAUCCUAAUAAUCCUAUAGAAUCAGCACCUUUAAAAACAAAUAAAAUACUCAGAACAUCUGCAAAAAUUAAUAAUAAUCAUAAUAAUAACAACAAUAGUGCUAGUAAAAAAGAUAGUCAACCAGCAGAAAAGAGGUGUACUCGGACAAGUAGUGGAAGAAUUGUCAAAAAACAAAAAUUAAACGAAAAGUCUACAAUUAAUGAUGAGGCUUCAAAAUUUGGAAAUAGCGAUUCUGAAAAUGAGCAAAUGCCACGUGAACCUUGGMUAUUGUCUCCAACUAAAUCAAUUAAACCUGAAGAAACUAAAGUGGGUGUAGUAUUAAGAAGUUCUGGAAAAAUCCAGAAGGUAUGGAAAUGUAAUGACUCCAAAGAAGAUUCCACUCCAACUAAGAUUACAACAAUAUCAAAAAUUAAGACACCUUUGACAGAACCAAUGACUAGAAUAUUAAGGUCACACAAAAAAAAAGAUAGUAGAAGAUUCAAAAAAGUUGCAUCUAGAUCAUCUUGGUCAGCAGGCAUGGUAACUCGUAGUCAUAGGAGAAGUGUUAAGUAUUAAUUAUUUAUUUUUUCCCUAUGUUAACUUUACCACAUUUUUUUCAACUACAAAUACCAUUUUAUGUU